CUCCCACUGUUCCAGUCGGGUUCUCGAGUCCUGAAGCGUGCUGCGUGGUCGGCGGUAGUGACGCGUAUUGCCUGGAGGAUGGCGGACGCCGGCUUUCGCCGCGUGGUUCCUAGCGACUUGUAUCCCCUUGUGCUCGGCUUUCUGCGCGAUAACCAACUCUCAGGAGUAGCCAAUAAGUUCGCCAAAGCGACAGGAGCUACACAGCAAGAUGCCAAUGCCUCUUCCCUCUUGGACAUCUAUAGCUUCUGGCUCAACAGGUCUGCCAAGGCACCAAAGAGGAAGUUACAAGCAAAUGGACCAGUGACUAAGAAGGCUAAGAAGACGACCUCAUCCAGUGACAGCAGUGAGGACAGCAGUGAGGAGGAACAACCUCAAGGGCCUCCAGCUAAGAAGGCUGCUGUACCUGUCAAGCGGGGCAGUUUGCCUCAGCAUCCUGCAAAGGCUGUGACUAAAGCAUCAGAGAGCAGCAGUAGUGAAGAAUCCAGUGAUGAGGAGGAAGAGAAAGACAAAAAGAAAAAACCUGUUCAGAAGGGAGUUAAACCCCAAGCCAAGGCAGCCAAAGCUCCUCCUAAGAAGGCCGAGAGCUCAGAUUCUGAUUCUGAUUCAAGCUCAGAUGAUGAGGCACCAAAGAACCAGAAGCCAAAGACAACACCUAUUGUAGCUAAAGCUCAGGCUAAAGCCCCUAUCAAACCAGGUACGUCAGUUCGAAUAGCACCUAAAGUAACCAAUGGUAAAGCAGCUGGCAGUAGCAGUAGCAGUAGCAGUGAUGACUCAGAGGAAGAGAAGACACCAGCCGUUCACAAGAAGAUACAGACUGUACCUAAAAAACAAGUCAUUGCCAAAGCUCCAGUGAAAACAGCUGUCAGCUCUACCCAGAAGAGUUCCAGCAGUGAAGACUCCUCCAGUGAAGAGGAAGAGGAUCAGAAAAAACCCAUGAAGAAAAAACCAGGUCCCUACAGUUCAGUCCCCCCACCUUCCACUCCCUCACUGAAGAAGUCCUUGGGAACCCAGGCUUCCAAGAAAGCUAUAGAAAAGAAACAGCCUGUGGAAAGCAGUGAAGACAGCAGUGAUGAGUCUGAUUCCAGUUCUGAGGAAGAAAAGAAACCAACUAAGGCAGUCAUCUCUAAAGCAGCCACCAAACCAGCUCCAGCAAAGAAGGCAGCAGAAAGUUUUUCAGACAGUUCAGACUCUGACAGCUCUGAGGACGAAACUCCUUCCAAGCCAGUGAGCAGCAAGAAGAGUUCCUCAAGUAAUAAGCUAGCCACCACUACCAAGACACCUACAGCUAAGGCAGCUACAGCUCCCAAACAGUCUACAGGCAGUGGCCAGAAGCCUUUUAUAAGAAAAGCAGAUAGCAGCUCCAGCGAGGAAGAGAGCAGUUCUAGUGAGGAGGAAAAGGCAGAGAAGACUAUGGCCACCCCAAAGUCCAAGGCAACUGCCAAAGCAGCUCCAUCUCUGCCUGCCAAGCAGGCUCCUCAGGGUGGAAAGGACAGCAGCUCUGAUUCAAACAGCUCCAGUAGUGAGGAGGAAGUGGAAGAGAAGACAUCUAAAUCCCUAGUUAAGCCACAGAAGGCAGCAGGAGGUGUAGCUCCUUCUAAGCCAGCCUCCACAAAGAAAGUAAAGGCUGAGAGCAGCACCAGUUCUUCAUCUGAUGAUUCUAGUGAGGAGGAGGAGGAAGAAAAGCCCAAGGGUAAGGGUACUCCAAGACCACAAGCCCUCAAGGCCAAUGGUACUGCUGCACUGACUUCCCAAAAUGGAAAAGCAGCCAAGGAUGGUGAGGAAGAGGUAGAAGAAAAGAAAAGGACACCAGUGGCAGUUUCCAAGCCAGGUUCAGGUAAGAAGCAAAAGCAGAAUGAAGCUGCUAAGGAGGCAGAGACUCCUCAAGCCAAGAAGAUAAAGCUCCAUACCCCCAACACGUUUCCAAAGAGGAAGAAAGGAGAAAAAAGGGCAUCAUCCCCAUUCCGAAGGGUCAAGGAGGAGGAAAUUGAGGUGGAUUCUCGGGUAGCAGACAACUCAUUCGAUGCCAAGCGAGGUGCAGCUGGAGACUGGGGGGAACGAGCCAAUCAGGUUCUGAAGUUCACCAAAGGCAAAUCCUUCCGGCAUGAGAAAACCAAGAAGAAGCGAGGCAGCUACCGGGGAGGCUCCAUCUCUGUCCAGGUCAAUUCUGUUAAGUUUGACAGUGAAUGACCUGGACCAUCGUUUGUGAUGCAGGGGUGAUGAUUGGAGACCACUCAUUCUCAUAAAUGGACCUGGAACCCUCAGUUCUGUUAGGGGAGGAUGUUGGUAAAGACAGAAGUUUAGGGUAGGUCCUAAGACUUUAUAAUAUAAUACCAUCUCUGGUCCUUUUCUGUGUUCCUAGUUUUGUACAGAUUUGUUUUUGAGUGUUGAAUAGCAGGGACAAGGUAAGGGGAAUGUUAUUUUUUAACAAAAAUUAUUUUAGUUGUCCCUUUCUUCCUGUUCUGUGUAAGUACUCAUACUGGGAAAUUUGUAUGUUUUAUAUUAAAUCAUUUCCUAUUGAUUUUUGUUAUGAUUUUUAAAGGUGGAUUCCCAUAGAUAAAAAAAUCUCAGCUAUUAACCAAGACAUAGUAAAGGGUCGAUACAUAUGAGUUUAUAAUUGGAGGAGAAUUCUGCCUUUGAGAGUGUACAUGUCCACAUUUCAUCUCUCCUUCCCUUAAAACCGUGUUGGAGGCCAUUAAAGAAUGAUGAUGUUUGUGUAUAUGUUAAGCAUGCACUCUGUAGUUAAUCCUCAUUCAUUACGUCUGGAUCUGAAGCCAGCAUGGACCUACUUACUUUUUGGUAAAAUUUCACUGUUGUGUUGCAGGCAAAAUUCUGGUGUGUGAAUGCUGUGGGUCAGUCUGUAUAAUUUUUUUGACAUUUUAUUAUUAUUACAUAAUGUUUGCAAUACAUGUUUUUUUAAUUUGAAAGCAAACUUUUCUACUGUUGAAAGACAUUUUUCAAUGACUUGACCCUUACUAGUAUUGAAUUCUAAGUUAAGGACUGCUUUUUUGCAUUUUUUACAUUAUAGAGAGCAAAAUAACAUUUAAUUUAAUCUGAAAAAUAUGUCUCUCUUGGUAUUUCUGUCUUGGUAGCAGUGAUGACAUAAUUGGUUUCAUUAAUUUCUACGUGGUUGGGAAUCACUGAUUAAGAAAGUAGAAAAACAAACUUGAAAAUCUCAAUUCUCAGAAGGCAGGUUACAUCUGGUAAAUUUAUAGUAACCAUUAGAGGAUGGGAGGAAAGCUUUACAAAACAUAAUUAUCUUGAGAGGCUUGAGUGGAGAGGGUUUGGGAGAACAACCUAGCAGGAUUAUUGUGUCUCAUUGUUAUAUGGGAGCAGUUGAUGUGCCCCCUUCAGAACCUUAACUGUUAGUAACCAUGGAGUUAACAGCAUAAACCAGUGAGCAGUGGUAUAGCUUCUAGGCCAAGCUAGCUGACUAUAAGACUGUAAGAAGUGACCAGUGGCAGUGCUCAGGAACAUUAAGAUGGGUAGGGAAGAGUCAAUAAGCUUUUGGAGGCUGGGCUGUCCCAGUGGUGGGAAAGUAUCCCAGGCUGUCACAGAUGACCUCUUAAGAUUAACCUCCUCGUUUGGAUUCCAGACUCUCUAAGUGACCUGAUACUAAUCUGUUUUUUUCAUGUAACUGCCUCUAGGAAGAAAAUUCACUGUUCAUGCUGACAUAGGUAUUUCAGUCUGCAUGGUAAAAGUUCUACAUCUUAAUACAAAAUAAUAAACUGGCUGGUUUAUAAUGUG